AUCUUUUCACCUUGCCCUUUGUCGGUUACUUCAUCAUUUUCACUUCGAAUAGACUUACAGUAUUUUGUCAACUAUGGCUUCAAAAUGUUUGCGAGCAAUCAUAAUGGGAGCACCAGGCUCUGGAAAAGGAACUAUAUCCGAAAGGAUAAUUAAAGACUUCCCUAUGAAACAUUUAUCUAGUGGUGACUUGCUAAGGACUAAUAUGAAAAAUAAAACAGAUGUUGGCGAAACUGCUAAAAGAUUUAUUGACAAUGGACACCUUGUACCAGAUGAAAUUAUGACCAAGUUAAUUACAAAUGAAUUAAGCAAUUUUAAAAAUGGAAGCUGGUUAUUGGAUGGUUUUCCACGUACAGUUGUUCAGGCAAAGGAUCUCCUAAAACAUACAGAAAUUGAUAUUGCUAUUGACUUGAACGUUCCUUUUGAGGUCAUUAUUGAGAGGAUACAAGGUCGUUUGGUACAUAUCGGUAGUGGACGGGUUUACCAUACAGAAUUUAAUCCUCCUAAACAACACGGGAUUGACGAUGUGACUGGUGAACCACUUAUUCAAAGAGCCGAUGAUAAGCCGGAAACAGUUUUAGCAAGGUUAAAAGCUUAUCAAAAUCAAACUGAACCUGUUUUGGAUUAUUUUAGAGAAAAGAAACUUUUACAAGUAUUCACCGGAAGGUAUUCUAAUGAAUUAUGGCCAAAGGUUCAUAAACAUCUAUCUACUAGAAUUGAACCUCUUCAGUACACUGACUAUGGCACUGGAAAGUAA